CAGCGUGAAUGAGAAUUUGGAGUCGAUUCGAAUUGAAUCGACUCGACUCGACUUUUGAAUUUUGGACACCGAACACCGAACACCCAACACCAAAGAGCACCACCUCUGGGAUUCACCAGCCCCCAAAGAGAGAGAUAAACAGCGACCAUGGCCGACGACAACGAGCACUCUGCCGAGCUUCGCGCGUUCUUGGAGACCACCAAGGCCAGCGAUGUGGAGACCCCUCACAAGGAAGUAGUGGAGGUGAAGGUUUCAAUGACUCCUGUGGAGGCGGCCAAGGAGUUGUGGUCGCACAAGGUGAUCGGUGCCCCUGUGUAUGAUGAGGAACGAAAGAAGUAUAUUGGUUUCUUCGACAUGAGAGACCUGUUGAGCACAGUGAUCGCCUCUCACAAAGAAGAGGAAGCUUCCAAAAAGAGCGACAAUAAGAGCGGCAGUAAAGACUUUGCUUUUACCAAAUGGUUUGAUAAGAGUCCGUCCACGGCCGGUAGUGGAUCCUUUACGGUGUCCUACUUGGCCGCACGAAACCCCUUUGUGUCCCUUACAAACGACGCAACCCUGAUGGAAGUGUGCAAAAUUUGUGCGGAUCGUCACUGUCAUCGUGUCCCCAUCAUUGACAAGUCCACUGGAAGAUGCGUCCGCAUUCUCUCACAAAGCGCCUUGGUUAAAUUUUUGGUGGACCAUUUGCUGGCCGAAAGUAAGAGUGCCACCUUGAAGAAAUUCUUCGAUCAGACGCUAGCUCAGGCAAACUUCCCCUACAAAAAAGAAGUCAAAACUGCUCCUGAUACUGCCACUGCCAGUGAAGUUUUCGAAUUGAUGGAUUCACACCGCUUGUCCGGAAUUGCCGUGGUCGAUCACGAGGACGGUGCUCUGGUAGGGAACACCAGUGCUACUGACAUCAAACUGGCUGUCGCCGUGGAUGAUGGUGCUUUUGCUGAUCUGGGUCUGAAUGUGCUGUCGUUCUUGAGUGCGGUACGACAAGAAGAUCCUACCAAGGAAACCAGAUAUCCUAGUUCCCACGUCAAGGAAUCAUCCACCCUGGCACACACCUUCAAGUUGUUGGCCAAGACUGGAUACCAUCGAGUGUUUGUCGUCGACAUGGAAUUGAAGCCUGUGGGAGUUGUGAGUGUCACGGAUGUGGUGGAAUUUCUGGCCAAACAAUAAACGUACGGUAGCGGUGUUGGUAGAAGAAAAGGGCAAACAGUGAACUAUUAUUAUUUAUCCAACUUGUGGUGGCGGUUGUCUAAAGCAAAGAAAUCACAGUGGCGUUUUCCAGAGUGGAAGACAAGCCCAAACAUUUGUCGUAAGAAAAUGCGGUUCCCCUCUCCUUAUAAAUAGUGCACUGGGGACUACUUGUAUGUAGUCGUCGUCGUAAGAUAAGUACGUUUGAUUU